AUGGAUAGUGGCGGGGUGUAUCCGAUGGAUAUGCAACAGUACCCUGACGGCCAAACACCAAAGCGCCGAGGCCCCAAGCCCGAUAGCAAGCCGGCCCUCACCCGCCGACAGGAGCUGAACCGACAGGCCCAGAGAACUCACCGAGAACGAAAAGAACAAUACAUGCGAGCGCUGGAGACUGAGGUAUCGCGACUACGAGAGGCCUAUACGAACGAGAUAUCCGAAGCGAAUGUCACGAUUCAGCAACAAAAGGAGGUGAUCAAUGUUGCGCAACACGAGAACGAAAUCCUCAAGGAAAUCUUGCUCGCCAACGGAAUUCAAUUCGAGUCCGAGCUCGAGCGACGCCGGGCGGAGCGUGCCUCGGUCGGCGGAUACCAGUCGAGUCCGGUCGCAGGAAGCAGCAAUGGUUCCCAGACGGCCGGCUUUACCAACUCGAUGACUCAACAUAACACUACUCCGGGCACAUCGAUCUCAACGGGAUUAAGUCCGCGCGCCAAUGGCGGCGUGGAACAUCCCGAGGUAUCGCCCCCAAUGGCCUUUGCCCCCCAGCAGCAAGUGUACCACGCCGGUCCGGCUGAACAGAUGGGUGCCUUGGAUCGAUCGGCAUGCCAUGUCACAGAUGCCCCGGUGCCUGCGAUGCUAAAGGGCGUCUUUGAAAGCGACCCCCAGCUUCAGAUUGAUUUUAUCUUGACAUUGGAAGGACCGUGUCGUGAACACACCGAUUACCUGUGUCGACGGUCAGUUACCGAAGCUGACGAUGAAGACAUGCCGUUCUCGGGCCACGCCUUAAUGGCCACUUGCCCGCCACCGAGCUACAUCGCCAACACCACCCCUGAUCAGACAUAUCCGCACAAGGCGCCUGAUCUCCCGCAUCCCAAUCUCUCUACACUCCUCAACCUCAGUCGCCAGCUUGUGACCGAGGGUCAGAUCACUCCGAUCAUGGCACUCUCAUGCCUCAAGAACCAUGAGCUCUAUCCUUCCUUAAGUCGCGAUGACGUUAAGAUCAUCAUCGACACCUUGAACACCAAAGUCCGUUGCUAUGGCUUUGGUGCGGUCGUCGAGGACUUUGAACUUAUAGAUUGCCUGAGCAGCGUGCUUGGAACCAAAGUCGACCUCGGUAUUUCCCGCGUUCGCGGUGACUCCAUCUACGGUUGA